GACCGUUGCGCGAAAAGCUCCCUUUCCUUUCCCCCCCUUUCUCGCAUCGCAGCGCCGGCAAAAAGCUUCCAUCCCCCAAUUCCUCCCCCAGUCGGCCAGUCCCAGCAACGCAACUAGAAGCUCUUCCUCCUCCCACGCAACUGCCGACGCCUCCUACCGAAGCGCGCCGCGGGCCGCCGCGAGAUCUUCCUUUCCUCUCCUCGGCCUUGUCCUUCUCCUUGCUGCGGGGCCGGAGCGGACGUCGACCGGACCGGUUGAUUUCUCCUGUGCUGUUUCCGUUUAUCAAACAAUUGAACUUCAGUCAGGCAAUCAAGGUAGAAAAGGAAGCUUUCUGCUCAGUCAUGGCUUUCACAACUCCAGCAGCAGUUCUUCUUGAUGAGAACAUGCAUAUACAUGGAGGCAAGAGGGCUGAUGCACCAAGGGCCAAACCACUGAAGCCAUCAGAGAAGAAGCCUGGGCUUCAAGAGCGGAAGGCUCUUCAGGAUGUGUCCAACUUUGCCAAAGGCACUGCUUUGAAGGACAGGUCCGUGAAAGAGAGGUCCCAACAGCGGAAGGCUCUUCAGAAUGUGACCAACACAAUUCAAAGCAAGGAAAGGCCCACCUUGAAAGAACAGAGGUCCACCGUGAAAGAAAGGUCUGAUUUGGGCAAACAUGAAGUGGUUAACCCAUUGAACAUAUUAACUGAUGAAGAGAUCAAAAAGUGUCAUGAAUGGGCUAAGGAUGGGGCGGAGGGCGCUCACUUCCAUGAUUAUCAGAAGUCAGAUAAGGAUCUGCAAGACAAACGCGUCAAGAAGAAAGUGGCGAAGGUACUCUCAGCCUUGGAUGGUUGGUCAAAUGUGGUAUAUGAUCGUGUGAUGUUUCCAGCUGCGGAGGUUGAGAAGUUCUUCGAAGAAGAGAAAGGGCUGGAGCUGGAACCAGAGAUUCUCCCAGACAUCAGUUGGGGUCUCUCUCACUCAGGUGAUAAAGCAAAGCUGGCUGAAUAUUCUUUUACUGAUGAUGAGCUUGACCAGUACCCAUCUCUGGACAACAAUCCGGUUACGUUUGAGCUGAGAGACGAGCCGGAGAUCCCGCAGCUGGGAGUAUACUGAAGAGCUGCCCACUGAGACGGAAAACUCUGCUUCUGUUGGUUCUGUUGCGGCUCCGCCUGCUCUGGAGCAGUCCGUGUAGUGUCUGGAAUGCUAGUAGACCUGAUUAUCUUCCUCAGCUAUGUUUCUGGUGGAUGAGUGAUGUAGGAUUCGCAGUUCAGUAGUGUGGUGGUACCUGUUGCAGCGGAAGCGACAGCGCUUCCCCGUUUCUGUUUGUUGUGCUUGCCGAAAGCCUGAAACACACCUCCUAGCCCUUGUGAUUGGUAAAAUCUGGAUGUAUUGGCAGUGUUUUCUGAUGACCA